CACAACCAACCAACCGAGGAGUGGGAAACGUACGAAUACAAGAAACAAUCCAACGUGCUAAUUGUCAUCCCCAAGCACAAUCCACCCAAGCAAAUCUCCGUCCGAUUGCAGUGAAUCCUGUCGACCCCGAGUUGAAAAGAUUCGACUGCGUUUGGAUAUCAAGCUUGGAUUCCAAGGCAAAGAACAUAUGCUAGCUUUUGCUGUAAAGCAGUGAUGGGUUUCCUGCUUAGGUAAGAAGGGUAGUCCGGUGGAAUAAGAGAUGAGUGCAUCCUCAAGCAAUUCUGCGUCACAUGAGCCAGUUGCGAGUUCUUCUGAUAAGCGGGAGUUGGAAGCCCGUGGGAAGAACAAGAAUCAAGAUGAGACCAAAUUUACUGUCCCAUUCUACCGGCUGUUCUCGUUUGCGGACUCCACGGAUGUGAUUCUGAUGGUCGUGGGAUCACUUGGUGCGCUGGGGAAUGGGCUUGCUCUACCUCUCAUGACCGUUCUGUUCGGGGAUUUGAUCCAGUCCUUUGGAGGAGCUUCGGACAUACAUGAUGUCCUUCGUAGAGUUUCCAAGGUAGCCUUGGAAUUUGUCUACCUAGCAGUUGGAGCAGGCGUGGCAUCUUUCCUUCAGGUAGCUUGCUGGAUGGCUACUGGGGAAAGGCAGUCUGCCCGGAUAAGGAACUUGUACCUGAAAACCAUUCUAAGGCAAGAAAUAGCAUUCUUUGACAAGGAAACAAAGACAGGUGAAGUUGUUGAGAGGAUGUCUGGAGAUACUGUUUUUAUUCAGGACGCCAUGGGCGAGAAGGUUGGUAAAUUCAUUCAGCUAACAUCGACAUUCUUUGGAGGGUUCAUAAUCGCAUUUGCCCAAGGGUGGCUUCUCACCCUUGUCAUGCUGUGCACCAUCCCCCCCUUGGUGGUUGCUGGAGGAGUCAUGGCCAUUAUUGUGGCCAGGAUGGCAUCAUUGGGACAAGCAGCUUAUGGAGAAGCUGCAGCGACCGUCGAGCAGACAAUUGGGUCAAUUAGGACAGUUGCAUCUUUUACCGGGGAAAUACGAGCAGUAAAGAAGUAUGAGAAGUCUUUGGUGAAUGCAUACAAUGCCAGUGUUCAAGAGAGUCUAGUUUCUGGAAUAAGUCUUGGCACAGUCAUGCUUUUCAUGUUUGCCGGGUAUUCAUUGGGAACAUGGUAUGGAGCAAAGUUGAUACUGCAAAAAGGUUACACUGGUGGCAAGGUCAUCAAUGUGAUAUUUGCAAUCCUCACUGGCUCCUUCUCAUUAGGCCAAAUAGCACCAUGCAUGAAAGCAUUUGCAGCAGGACAAGCUGCUGCAUAUAAGAUGUUUGAGACAAUAAACCGAAAGCCAGAAAUUGAUGCUUAUGAUGCCAAUGGAAAGGAACUUGACGAUAUUCGAGGGGAAAUUGAAUUUAAUGAUGUUUAUUUUAGUUAUCCAGCAAGACCAGAUGAACAGAUCUUUUCUGGAUUUUCUCUUUUUAUUCAGCAAGGAACAACUCUUGCAUUGGUUGGUGAAAGUGGAAGUGGAAAGUCAACAGUUAUAAGUUUGAUUGAGAGGUUUUAUGAUCCACAGGCUGGUGAAGUUCUCAUAGAUCACAUAAACAUCAAGGAAUUUCAACUCAGGUGGAUUAGAGGGAAAAUUGGACUUGUGACUCAGGAACCAGUCCUGUUUGCUACUAGUAUUAGAGACAACAUCGCCUAUGGCAAGGAUAGUGCAUCUGUUGAAGAAAUUAGAGCUGCAGCAGAGAUUGCAAAUGCUGCCAAAUUCAUAGAUAAGUUGCCUAAGGGUCUUGACACCAUGGUUGGAGAGCAUGGAACUCAAUUAUCUGGAGGUCAAAAACAGAGAGUUGCCAUUGCUAGGGCAAUUCUGAAGGACCCUCGUAUUUUGCUUUUGGAUGAGGCUACAAGUGCACUUGAUGCAGAAUCUGAAAGGAUAGUACAAGAGGCACUUGAUAGAAUCAUGGCAAAUCGUACUACUGUUAUAGUGGCACACCGUCUGAGUACCAUCAGAAACGCUGACACCAUUGCCGUUGUACAUCAAGGAUCAAUCGUUGAAAAAGGUUCACAUACAGAGCUCCUGAAGAAUCCAAAUGGAGCUUAUAGCCAACUGAUACAACUGCAAGAAGUGAACCGGGAUGAAGAUAUUAAAAGUGGACCUCGUUUAGACAAAUCUGAUGUGUGGAAUGGUUCAGCACGGUCCUCAGGCAAAAUAUUGUCCUUUCAUCACUCAAUUAGCCAUGGAUCAUCUGGUAGACACAGCGGCCGCCACUCGUUCCAAUUGCCUGUUGGUUUGCAUGUAGGAGUUGAUGUCCAAGAUAGUACAUAUGAGAAAGUAGAUCCUAAAAUUCCUACUGAAGAUUCAAAAGAAGUGCCUCUCCGCCGCCUAGCUUAUCUUAAUAAACCAGAGAUCCCAGUGUUGAUUCUCGGCUCAGUUGCAGCCAUUGCUAAUGGGGUCAUGUUUCCCAUGUUUGCAAUGCUCUUAUCAAAUGUAAUUAAUGCAUUUUACCAGCCACCACAGAAGCUCAAAAGGGAUUCUAAUUUUUGGUCAUUACUGUUCUUGGUAUUUGGUGGGGUGGCAUUGUUUUCCCUUCCAGCUCGAUCAUACUUCUUUGGCAUUGCAGGAUCCAAGUUGAUAAGGAGGAUUAGGCUAAUGACGUUUCAGAAGGUGGUUAACAUGGAGAUAGAAUGGUUUGAUGAUCCUGAGAAUUCUAGCGGUGCAAUUGGCGCAAGGCUAUCAGCAGAUGCAGCUACAGUCAGGAGUCUUGUUGGUGAUGCACUUGGAUUAAUUGUUGAGAACAUUACAACAUUGGUUGCUGGAUUGCUGAUUGCUUUUAUUGCAAAUUGGCAACUCUCUCUGAUAAUCCUAGUUUUGUUACCUCUCUUGGGUCUGAAUGGAUACAUACAAAUGAAGUUUCUGAAGGGGUUUGGUAAGGAUGCAAAGAUAAUGUAUGAGGAAGCAAGUCAGGUUGCAAAUGAUGCAGUAGGAAGUAUCAGAACAGUUGCUUCAUUUUCAGCUGAAGAGAAAGUGAUGGAGAUCUACAAGCAGAAAUGUGAAGGCCCUACAAGAAAGGGAAUUAGGCUAGGGAUAAUCAGUGGCGCCGGAUUUGGUUUUUCCAUAUUCUUCUUAUUUUGUGUUUAUGCAGCUGGAUUUUAUGCUGGAGCGCGGUUGGUUGACAGUGGGAAGACUACUUUUGGCAAAGUAUUUCGGGUCUUCCUUGCUCUUGCAAUGGCAGCCAUUGGGAUUUCUCAGUCAAGCUCCCUGGCACCAGAUUCGUCAAAAGCCAGAUCUGCUUCGGCCUCUGUAUUUGCUAUUCUCGACCGCAAAUCUAAAAUAGAUCCCAGCAAUGAUUCUGGCAUGAUCUUAGAAACAUUGAAGGGCAACAUUGAGCUUUGCCAUGUCAGCUUCAGGUACCCUAUGCGGCCAGAUAUCCAGAUCUUUCAAGACCUUUCUUUGACAGUUCACUCUGGAAAGACAGUUGCACUGGUUGGAGAGAGCGGUAGCGGGAAAUCAACUAUCAUAUCGUUGUUACAAAGAUUUUACAAUCCUGACUCUGGGGUGAUAUUGCUUGAUGGGAUUGACAUACAAAAGCUGCAAUUGAGGUGGUUGAGGCAGAAGAUGGGUCUGGUGAGUCAAGAACCAACACUCUUUAACGAGACAAUUCGAUCCAAUAUUGCUUAUGGAAAGGAGGGAAUGGCUACUGAAGCUGAGAUCAUAGCUGCCGCAGAGUUAGCCAAUGCCCACAAGUUCAUUAGCGGCUUGCACAAGGGUUAUGACACAUUAGUUGGAGAGCGAGGAUUGCAGCUAUCUGGGGGGCAAAAGCAGCGUAUCGCAAUCGCACGUGCCAUAGUGAAGGAUCCCAAGAUUUUGCUUCUGGAUGAGGCAACCAGUGCACUUGAUGCUGAAUCCGAGAGAGUAGUACAAGACGCAUUAGACCAUGUCAUGGUCGACCGAACCACAAUCAUCGUCGCCCACAGAUUGUCGACGAUAAGAGGCGCAAAUGUUAUUGCUGUGGUCAAGAACGGGGUGAUCGUAGAGAAAGGAAACCAUGAGACACUGAUCAGCAUCAAGGAUGGGGCUUAUGCCUCCUUAGUGGCACUUCACUUGAGCUCCGGAUCAUAGUUUGGCACACACUUUCCUCCUCGUUUUGGUCACAAGUCCUAGGCAUCAAUCAAACACAACUUCUGAUGCCUCCCCCUGUAUCAUGUUUUUGUAUCACGUUUGCAUCUGAUUACUACUACUAUGCUGCUGUAUUUUUCAGUCUAAAAACGUCAACAAAUUUCAUUCUCUCAUUCAUGCAGUGGGUGGAUUUAGCAUUCUUUGUUUUGCA